CCUCCUCCUUCCUUCUCUCUCUCUCUCUCUCUCUCUCUCUCUCUCUCUCUCUCUCUACCACAAACCAGACGCCCAAGUGCUGCUGAUUGGCUCAAUUGGGCUGCUCCAGGAAGCUCAGAGGCAAGCGCUUGAAAUACUAGGUUCCUACUUCCAGGUGAGCAGCAGAGAGAGUGAAAGUAAGUGCUGCCUUCACUCUGCUCAGUCAGAACCAAGAGCUCUGGGUCCUACUGGGAGGUGGAAGGGGAACUUGAGAAGGUUUCUGGAGCUGGCGGUGAGGUUCUUUUCCUCAUGGCUUCACCCAGAAGCCCUGAAAGUGACUGCUCCUCUGUCAUUGAUCACAGCCAUGUCCCCCAGUUCGAAGUGGCCACCUGGAUUAAAAUCACCCUCAUCCUUGUUUACCUGGUCAUCUUCGUGGUGGGCAUCCUGGGGAACAGUGUCACCAUUCGGGUCACCCAGGUGCUGCAGAAGAAAGGCUACUUGCAGAAGGAGGUGACAGAUCACAUGGUGAGCCUGGCGUGCUCUGACAUCCUGGUCUUCCUCAUCGGUAUGCCCAUGGAAUUCUAUAGCAUCAUCUGGAACCCCCUUACCACACCCAGCUACCCCCUGUCCUGUAAGCUUCAUACUUUCCUGUUUGAGGCCUGCAGCUAUGCCACCCUGUUGCACGUGCUGACGCUCAGCUUUGAGCGGUACAUUGCCAUCUGCCACCCCUUCAGGUAUAAGGCAUUGUCUGGGCCUUGCCAAGUGAAGCUGCUGAUUGCCUUUGUCUGGGUCACAUCUGUCCUGGUGGCAUUGCCUUUGCUUUUUGCCAUGGGGGUUGAGUACCCACUGCUGCACGUGCCCAGCCACCGGGGUCUCACUUGCAACCGUUCUCGUACCCGCCACCACGAGCAGCCGGAGAAGUCCAACAUGUCCAUCUGCACCAAUCUCUCCAGUCGCUGGACUGUGUUCCAGUCCAGCAUCUUCAGUGCUUUUGUCAUCUACCUGGUGGUCUUGGUCUUCGUAGCCUUCAUGUGCUGGAACAUGAUGCAGGUGCUAAGAAAGAGCAAGCAGGGCACCGUGGCCGGGAAGGGGCAGCAACUAAGGAAGUCAGAGAGCGAGGAGAGCAGGACGGCACGGAGGCAGACCAUCAUCUUCCUGAGGCUGAUCGUGGUGACCUUGGCCGUUUGCUGGAUGCCUAACCAGGUCCGUAGGAUCAUGGCUGCAGCCAAACCCAAGCAUGACUGGACACGAUCUUACUUCCAGGCGUACAUGAUCCUCCUCCCCUUCUCAGACACUUUUUUCUACCUCAGUUCGGUCAUCAACCCACUCCUAUAUAACGUGUCCUCGCAGCAGUUCCGGAGGGUGUUUGUGCAGGUGCUGCGCUGCCACCUGACACUGCAGCACGCCAACGAGGAGAAGCGUCUGCGUGCCCACGCUGCCUCCACCAUGGACAGUGCCCGCUCACGCCGCCCGCUGCUCUCCAUGGCUUCCUGGCGCGGGUCCUCUGCAAGGAGAACUAACAAGGUUUUCUUAAGCACUUUCCAGAGUGAGGGCAAGCCUGAGGCCCUGGAUCUCGAGUCUCCCCAGCAGCUUAGUCCUGAAUCACCUGAACCCAACUCAGAGGUGAAGCCAGCUGAAGCUGCCACCGAGAAUGGGUUUCAGGAGGAGCAUGAAGUGUGACAUCCUGUCAAGUGAGGAGACUUCAAGUGCUGACUGGUCACCCCCCUC